UCAUCACGUACUGUUGUUCUAUGUUCAUCAUGCAACGAGCAUGUAUGUUUCCAUUUUUUUAAUUUAUUAGGAAGAAAGGGAAAUAUGGCAACAAUUCUCUCACGCACAUAGUUACCUGCAGUGGUGUCAUGGUGUUGAAUAUCAGUUCAGAUCAACAGAAGGCAUGCCUGCGGGUAGCUGUGGAGCGGAGCGGGUCGUUGAUCGAUUUCUGCUCAUUCACAGAUAGCAUUCACCUGGUGGACAAUGGUGGGGAGUUGAUGCUGGUGCACCGAAUUCUAUGGCUGGGCGAUGGUGACGAGGAAGGAGGAUGAUGUUGAAGAUGAUGCUGAAGAAGAUGAUGGUUACUACAAGAGGAAGUACGAAGUGUAUAGAGUGGAUUUGGACGUUGGCAUCUUGGUCCCCGUCAGGAGCUUCAACGGGCAAGCCGUGUUCAUGGGCACAAGUCGCGCGAUUUCUGUAUCAGCAGAGGCCUUUCCAUCUGUCGCUGCUGACACUCUCUACUUGGGGUUGGAUUGUGAUGAGAAGCGUCGGAUGGACGGGUACAAUCUUGCAGAUGGAAGCAACGAACCUUGCCACUACGACCCGUGGGUUGCUGGGAUGUUGCUGCCGUCUACUCUCGUCGACUGCCUCUCCUACUGCGUACGGGGCAGCGGCAGGCAACUUACCUGAGAUCACCGAUGUGGUUGUGUUUGGUGCAGUGUG